AUGGUCUCCUUCUCGACCCUCUUCGUCGGCGCCGUGGCCCUUGCGGCUCAGUCCGUGUCCGCUGGCCCUACCAAGCCCGCGGGUCUCGUUCCCCGUACCUUCGAAGGCCAGAAGUACGGCUGCAAGUGCUACCCUGGCGACGCCUGUUGGCCCCAGCAGAGCGAAUGGGACAGCCUCAACGCCAAGGUCAAUGGAAACCUUCACGUUCACGUGCCUCCCGAGGCUGCUUGCUACAACACCUUCGAUGGUCUGCUCGGCUCUCAGCAGACUUACGAUGCGGCCAAGUGCGCCGAGGUCACCAAGAGUUGGACUAGUGAGACUUGGACCGUCGACCAAGAGGCCCUGAACAUUUGGAAGUACUUCACCAACGUCACCUGCGUGCCCACGACCGACCCCUCUAAGUCCUGUACGCUCGGCUUUUAUGGCGUCUACGUGAUCAUGGCCAAGACGAAGGACCACAUCAAGGCCGGUGUCAACUUUGCGCGGGACCACAAUCUCCGCCUUGUCAUCCGCAACACCGGCCACGACUUUGUUGGCCGCAGCACUGGCUGGGGCUCUCUCAUCAUUAACACUCAUUCUUUCCAGGACAUCAAGUUCCACAGCAAGUGGUCUGGUGCCGGUGCCUACAAGGGCGGCGCUGUUACCGUCGGUGCUGGCGUUCAAGGUGUCACUAUUCUCGAGGCUGCCCAGAAGCAAAACCCAAAGCUUACCCUUGUCACUGGCGAGUGCAAAACUGUCGGUCUCGCUGGCGGUUACGUCGCUGGUGGAGGCCACGGGCCCCUCACCUCUGCCUACGGCAUGGCCGCCGACAACACGCUGGAGUUCGAGGUCAUCACGGCUAAGGGCGAUCUAGUCGUCGCCAACGAGAAGGUGAACGCUGAUCUCUACUUUGCCCUCCGUGGGGGCGGUCCCUCGACCUAUGGUGUCGUCACCUCAGUUACUUUCCGCACCUAUCCCGAGGUCCAGGUAGCUGGUGGCCUCCUUGACAUCAACGCCACUCUGACCAACGACGAGAACCUCAUCUGGGAGGGCAUCCGCAUCUUCCACAAGUACGGCAACCACCUUGUCGACAACGGUCUUUACACCUACUUUGAGAUCUUUCCUUUCACCUUCCACGCACGCCCGUUUGUCGCCGUCGGCAAGACCAAGGAUGAGCUCGAUGCCAUCCUCAAGCCCCUCCUCGACGAGCUGACCGCCGCCGGCGUUCCCUUCACUAGCAUGACCAAGGGCUACCCUACGCUCUGGGAGCUCUACAACGAGCUCUUCGAGGACGAGGCCGCGGGUCUGCACGCCCUCAGCGGCGGCUGGGGCAUCACCCACCAGGACAUCACCAACAACAACGACGGCAUCGUCAAGGCCUUCCGCACGGUCCAGAGCCCUCGCGCCGAUCUCCCCUACACCGGCGCCAUGAUCGGUCACUUCUUCAGGCCCCCCAACUCUGGCUCGACCGCCGCCCUCAACCCCCGCUGGCGCGACUCGACCAACUUCAUCAUCGCCACCAUGCUGGUCCCCGAGAACGCGACCGCCGCCCAGAAGGCAGACCUCCAGAAGGUCCUGACCAACAACAUGGACGGUGGCCUGCGCGAAGCCGCCCCUGGCGGUUACGCCUACAUCAACGAGGCCGACCCUUUCACCCCCAACUUCAGCACCCACUUCUGGGGUGACAAGACGUACGGCAAGCUCAAGUGCAUCCGCGACAAGUGGGAUCCCAACAUGGUUUUCUACGCCCAGGCCACCGUCAACACGGAGAAGUGGGCCGUCAUUGAGGGCAACACGAGGCUCUGCAAGAAGCUUUGA